CCCCGAGCUAUGUCUCCUCCAGCCGUGCCUCCGACAGGGAUAGAUGGUGUGUCUGCAUACCUGAUGAAGAAAAGGCACACCCACAGGAAGCAGCGGCGCAAGCCCACUUUCCUCACUUGUAGGAACAUAGUGGGCUGCCGCAUUCAACACGGCUGGAAAGAAGGCAAUGAGCCGGUGGAGCAGUGGAAGGGCACUGUGCUCGAGCAGGUUUCUGUGAAGCCCACACUCUACAUCAUUAAGUAUGAUGGCAAAGACAGUGUGUAUGGACUAGAACUGCACCGAGAUAAAAGAGUUUUAGCGCUAGAGAUUCUUCCCGAGAGAGUGCCAACCCCUCGUAUUGAUUCAGGCUUGGCAGAUUCCUUGAUUGGGAAGGCAGUGGGGCAUGUGUUUGAAGGCGAGCAUGGUACAAAAGAUGAAUGGAAGGGCAUGGUGCUGGCGCGAGCCCCCGUGAUGGAUACUUGGUUUUAUAUCACCUAUGAGAAAGAUCCGGUCCUCUAUAUGUACACUUUGCUGGACGACUACAAAGAUGGUGACCUUCGCAUCAUUCCAGAUUCCAGCUACUAUUUUCCCACAGCGGAACGGGAGCCUGGAGAAGUGGUCGACAGCCUUGUGGGCAAGCAGGUGGAGCACGCCAAAGAUGAUGGGUCCAAGAGAACUGGCAUUUUCAUCCAUCAAGUGGUGGCCAAGCCGUCUGUCUACUUUAUUAAGUUUGAUGAUGAUAUUCACAUUUAUGUCUAUGGUUUGGUGAAAACUCCGUAAGUUCAUUGUGCUCUUUGCAAAAGUUGUGGAGCUUUUAGAUGUAAAAUAUUUUGUGUUCUCAUAAUUGUAAUCUUUGAGGACAGUUUCGACAUAAAGAAUUCAGGAAAGUGGUAAAUAUUAUUGUGUCACCAAAUUUUACAUUGUCUAGUUUCACGGUUUUGCCCCAAGGUAAUAAAUAAUUUUGAUAUUUAUUCUGUAAUUGAAAAUUUUAAUUGGGCAUUAAUAGAAAAAUAAAGUGCAACCAUUGGAACAAUGCAAAAGCAGAUCAAUCCCACCAUGUCCUUCUUCCCCAACUUUUUACUUCCCUCUUUCUUCUUCCCAGGUAACAAGUGUUGAAAACAUAAACUAUGCCCUUCUUUUCUCUGUCCGCAAAGUUUGUUAAGUAGUUUCUGUAAAAAGGACAAGUUGUGUGCAUUUAUCUAAUUGUUUUUUUUUCCACUUUGCAUAGAGAUGACAUCCUUCCAGACUAGUAGUUACACUCAGUCUUUCUGACUCUGCCACCAUCUCUCACUCUUAAUUUACUGCUAUAUAUACACAGUAUAUGUAGAGAUGCCAAGAAAAGUAUUCAACAUUCUGUUAAUUGUGGUUAAUGUCAUUUAUUU